UAGACAAGGGAAUGGCUAUUCAGCACUUUCAGAGUGGCCGUGGACACAGGAACUAUCUGCCCACCACCGAGCUGACAGGGGAUCUGACUCUUCCCAUCAACUCUGCAGCAAAGGCGAGAGCAAGCAGAAAGCAGGCCAGGGGCAUGGACUGACAUCUCACCAAGAGAAAGGGAAAGUCAUGGAGGCUUCAGGAUCUUCUUCCCAGACUCAAGACAGUGGUGGAGUCCACAGGGAAACGGAAGAUCACUACCAAGAGACAGAGCUCCACAAGCAACGUGGGAAGGCCCGGGAGCGAUGUAAGAGAGACAAGUCCUCCUCUUCAUCCUCAUCCUCGUCCUCCUCUUCUUCCUCUUCCUCCUCAUCUUCUUCCUCCUCCUCAGACAGCAGCGAUGAGGACCAGCCCUCCAGAGGUCCCAGGAAACACAGAAGGAGGCCCCGCAGGGACAGCUUGCGUGGUGCGGACCAUGGGGAACUGGAAGUGCUGAAGGACGAGCUUCAGCUCUACGGAGGCGCUGCUGGGGAAAUGGUGCCUGCUGGGGAGUCAGGACUCCGAAGGAGAGGUUCUGGCUCAGCGGAGGGAGAAGUGGAGGCCUCUCAGUUAAGAAGACUGAACAUAAAGAAGGAUGAUGAGUUUUUCCAUUUUGUCCUUCUCUGCUUUGCCAUUGGAGCCUUGCUGGUGUGUUACCACUACUAUGCAGACUGGUUCAUGUCCCUCGGGGUCGGCCUGCUCACCUUUGCUUCUCUCGAGACCAUUGGCAUCUACUUUGGGCUCGUGUAUCGGAUCCACAGCGUACUUCAGGGCUUCAUCCCCCUCCUUCAGAAGUUCAGGCUGCCAGGGUUCAGGAGAACCAACUGAGAUCACUGCCUGACGGCAGCUAAGCCAGUCCCCAAUGUGACCACUGUAAUCACUGCCAUGCCUGAGCCCAGAAGACAGAACGACGCGCUGGAAGACACCAGAAGGCCACACAAUAAAGAGCUCUUUCCUUCCACAUGAUCUGAGUGUCUGCACCAGUGGGCAGGCUCUUGCUCUGCAGAUUAGCACACAGUCUCCGUGGGGAAGAGAAGAGGGGAUAGCAUCUGGGUCAGCACGGAGGAGCUGGGAUGCCAUUGCUCAUAGGUCAGCAUGAAUCCUGGGUCCUGCAGGCUGGCAUCUGCAGGCCUGGGUCUCUCUGAUGUCCUCAGGCUAUGCCCAAGAGCUCACAGUUCCUGCAGAGCCAUCUUGGGACAGCCAUUCUGAGGCAGGGAGCUACCAGGCUGGGUCCCCAGGGGAACCUGUUGCAGGUAAGAUGCUGGGGACCAAAGCUUCAGACCCAUCACCCAGUGACUGACCCUGUUGCCCUUGGACUCCUAAGAUCCAAAUAAAUAUUCUGUUCCUUGUGCUUAAAAAAAAAA